AUGAAAGUGCUACUAGCAACCGCUUUAGUAUCGCUUUUGCCAUUUUCUUCAGCGGUAGAGUGCUCUAAAAACGAAAUCCUCAACAAAUAUAGAGUCAAUGAGUUUUCCAUAGGCGGUGUUUCUGUACAGGAUACACCACCAAGUGAGACUAAAGAGAGUUGGUGGUUGAAUAUUUGUGAUGAACAUGAUUCCAAAUCGUCCAUACCUGACCAAUGUAAUGUGAAGGAUAUUUUUUGUGGCGUUACAUCUGUUGCAUUACCGGGGAAAGAAUCAAUUGUCACCAAAGUGAUGGAUUUCACCAGUUCUGUGGCCCUUGAAGUGAAAGAAACCGCGGAAGCAUUGUCUAUAAGGCUUUCUGGUGCCGCCUGGGGGUCUCAUAUCUUGAAUGCUGAUAUAUAUCUACAAUGCCAGGAGAAAGGUUCGGGUUCUUUAACGGAAUCCAGCUGGACCGAUGAUCAAAAUGUGAAACUAGUGUUCUCUGGUCCAUUUGGUUGUUUGAAAAAGGGAAAUGACAAUAAAGAUGGCAACGGAGACGACGAUAACAAUGAUAAGGAUGGUGAUGACUCCGAUAAGAAGCCUCACGAUGGUGAUAAAAAUGGAUCCAAACCAAAGGGCGGAGCUGGUCUUGGGUCGUGGCUCGUAUGGCUAUUCAUGUAUGCAACUAUCUUUGCCCUUAUUUAUCUCGUGGUUACUUCGUAUAUGAACACUAGAAACGGUUCCUUUAACGAUUUCCGGGAAGAGUUCGUUGAUAGAUCGACUACGUUCGCUACCAAUCUCCCACAAUUCGCUAAAGAAGUGGCAGGGAAAAUCGUAAAUAGUGGUUCAUCGUCUCAAAGAGGCGGAUACAGUGCGGUUUGA